AUUUGUGCAGCAAAAGUUUUCCCAACUGUCUCUUUCCAUUGGACCCCACUUUAUCAGAAUAUCACCUAGCAAUAAUGAGUGUCGUGGCGCGAACAACUUUUUGGGCUUUGCUGUUUGCCUUCUUUGCCGUUUGGAUGAAUGGGGUCACAGUAACAGCUAUCCCUGCUGUCCGCGACAUAGCCGCUGAAAACAACAUCAUCCCCUGCUCCGGUGCGCGAGCAAUGACCAUCCUGCCAACCGACAACAACGACACAACGACCCUUGGCCAACUCGUCAUCGUUAAUGACUCACCUCCCAACCGCGAAUACACCUUCACUUUGACUCUUUCGCUUCCCGAUGGUGCUGUGGAGGUUUCCCCUAGCGGAUUAGUCACACUGGUGACGAGCCUAGGCAAAAAUAAGGCGGUGGGCUUUAAAGCCGAGGCAAAUGCGGUCAUUCCGCCCGUUGAUACGAUCUCGCAGUUUUUCUUGAUUCAGAUGAUUUGAGAUGGUGCGUAUGCACAAAUACGGCAUGUGUACAUAGGGGGUAUUAUUGUGCGGUUAAAGUGUGAAAGUAUGAAUAAUUAUGUAUUUAGAAAGAAUAUUGUCAAUUUCAAAAAACACUCUUUAUCACUUGA